CGAAGAAAUAAGAAAGUAAAUAUUUACAUCAGCGUCAUCAACCUUAAGCUGUUCAAUUUCAAUAGAAGAAAAUCAUUAUAAAGCAAUUUACCAGUGCAGAAAAUCAAGAUUUUUAUCUGGCCGAUGGCAGGAACUUGCUUUACAUGCCUCCGGGAGGCAACGGAACUGGUUCCGAUUGGGGAUGAGGCGGCGAAGUGCAGCAAACUACCGAUGAAGACGUCCUACCGCGGAGUGAUCGUUGCCAAGCAUUUUUGGUUCGAUCUGAAUGACCUGAUUGAGGGUUUUCUGUGUGCUCAAUGUUGGUCGAGCAUCGAGAGCUUCCACCGAUUUUAUUGUGAGAUCGAGGAAGCGCACGAGCAGAAGCUGAACCGUUUGUUCGCGGAAGUAAAGCAAGAAGUUGAUGAUACGGGGAGUGAGGCGGUUGAUGUGAUUGCUACUACCUACGGCCUGGAUAAUGUGGUGGAAGAGGAGGACAAAGCGGAAGAUUCGAACGAAUCUGAACCGGAAGAUGUGACUGCUUUCAUGGAGGAAGAGCAUCUGUUGGACGAUGGGGACGAUGAAGAGAAUAAGUCUGCUCCGGAGGCAGACGAUGAGGAGAAUAAGUCGGCUCCGGAGGCAGACGAUGAGGAUUUCGAUCUGGAAGAUGAGGAGGAUGACGACGAGGAAGUGGCCGGUUCGGCUAAAACGCCAAAGAAGAAAGGGCACAGAAGGUUAAGACACGCCGACAAAAUAGCGCAAGGGGAUGAGCUGAUUGCGAGCUACUGCAACUUGCACUGCGAGCAGUGCUCGCAAGCCUUUAAGUCGUUCAACGCACUGCAGAUGCAUUCCGUUGGGGAGCACAACCGACGGUCCUAUGUGUACUGCUGCGAUCGGCGUUUCAACACGCGAACGCGCCUGUACGAGCACGUCCUGCGACACGUCAAUCCGGAACAGUUCCAGUGCGAGAUCUGCAAGCGAAACUGCGUCGACAGCGAAGGGCUGAAGCGACACAAGCUGAAGGUGCACACGCCGAUGGAGGAACGGCUGUUCAAGUGCGACAAAUGCUCGAAAGCGUUCGCCCAGGAGUCGGUGCUGAACAGCCACGUGCGGUACCACGAGGCGAUGGAGAACAAGGAGUUUCCCUGUGGACAAUGCGAUAAAUUUUUUGGAAAUGGUGCCCUUCUGAAGCAGCACGUCAAGAACAGUCACACUUCAACGUAUGAAUACAUGUGCGACACGUGCGCCAAAGGUUUCAACCAAAAGAACGCAUUCUUGAAGCACCUGAAGGAUCACCGACCGAAGGGCCCUGAGGACAAGGGCCAGUGUCCCAUCUGCAACCAGUGGCUGCUGAAGGUAAGUCUGAACAAGCACAUCAUACGGCACAACUCGCCGACCUAUCGGUGCGAGACGUGCGGCAAGGAUUCGCCGAACAUUCUGGCCCAUCGGAGCCACGUGCGGUUCGCCCAUUCGGAUGCCCGCUUCACGUGCAACUUCUGCGGGAAGGUUUUCAAACGGGCCCUCACACUGAAGGAGCACAUUGCCUCGCAUAGCGGGGAGGUCCUCUACACCUGUCCGCACUGUCCGAAGACGUUCAAUUCCAAUGCAAAUAUGCACUCGCACCGGAAGAAGAUGCACUAUCAGGAGUGGUUGAAUGCACGGCAGAGGAUUAUUGUCAAAUAGAGUGGGUUUGGUUGAUGUUUUUGCAUGGAA